AUGUGAGGUGAAGAUGGCAGCUAUACAUAAGGGUGUACACAACACCUUUAACAGUAAAAAAAACACACACACAAAAACCACAUAAAUGAUCUGAGAUGCCCACAUCCACAACAAAGGUCCCAGUAGCCAUCAGGCCAUGAGUGAUGAAAUCAUUCAGAGUGUGACCCCUGUUGUGGAGGGAACAUUGACAUGUCGUGUAAAAUCCAAGGCUGUUAAAAUGUUUAAAAAGUCUUGGACACACAAAUCGGAUGGAUCGUCCACAUGUGGGUUCAAAUUGGCCGAAAUAAAUACAAUACUAAAAUAUAUAUGUGAGAAAUUGAAAGCAGCUCUGCAACAGAGUUACGUUUUGGGGGUCUGUUUACUAUCAAACACAACACAGUAGGGUUAUUAAAAAUGAUUACCUGAUAUUCAAAACACGUGCAUUUAUUAAAAGCUGUCUUUACAGCCAAGACAAGCAGACAGGGUUAAAGCAACCCCCCCUUCCCAUUCCUUGUCUGUGAAGUUGGUUAAGUUAAAGUUUUUAGAGUUGAUUCUGUUUGCCUCUUUGAAAGACAGAGUUUGUGCGUUUUGUUUUUCUUUUUAAAUAUAUUUUUUAAAUUAAUGUCAGCAGCUACCUUCAUUCACUGCAUCCAUAGACCAAAGAGGAGAUUUAUGGAUGCAGAGAACGAAGACAUGAAGGUAGCAGGUGUAAGAGGAGAUGGAGGAAGGCUAUCUGCUGUGGUGACCCUCAAAGGGAAAAGAAGAUUAUUUCUUAUUUAUUAACUUUCUGUUGUCUGUUUUUUGUCUAUUACAGGUGGAUGAGUUUAAACGCCUUAGACUGUAAAAUAAAAAGCAUCCCUGACAGUAUUAUUUUGCAGCCAGCUAGGGACUUUUCUGCUUUCUAUCUUUUUUUUAGCUGUGUCUCUCACUGAUGUGCCUUUUAAACGUUUAUUCUUCAAAUCAGGUAAAAACUUUAGUUCACAGAAACGGGUCAACUGCGCCCUCUAGCGGCCAUCAGCGCUUCAGUACCGGGACAGCGGCAGGUUCAUGCCGGCCGGGAGCUAGUAAACAAAGACCGUCCGGGUCGUUAAGUCCGAGCUUCCCGCGUUAUCAUAAUUUCUCCCCCGGUUGCAGUUCUUGAAGAACCCUCCCUCCUCUCAGAAGGAGCUGCUCCGCUCUUCCACCCGUGAGGCGGCUCCGCGCUUUGUUCCGCCAUGGCGAUCGCCACCGUGGCCACAGAGUACGUGUUCUCCGACUUUCUGCUGAAGGAUGCCGCCGAACCCAAAUACAAGGGGGUGCGGCUGGAGCUGGCACUGGACAAGAUCGUGUCGUUUCUGGCGGUGGGGCUGCCGUUGUUUCUCAUCUCGCUGGCUUUCGCGCAGGAGGUUUCCGUGGGGACCCAGAUCAGCUGCUUUGCUCCCACUAACUUCUCCUGGAGACAGGCGGCAUAUGUGGACUCCUUCUGUUGGGCAGCGGUACAGCAACAAUCGAACAGCUCGCCCCUGUGGCUGCACAAGUUCUUUCCAUACGUCCUGCUCCUGCUGGCCAUCCUCAUGUACAUUCCUGCCUUACUGUGGCGCUUCACAGCUGCUCCACAUCUGUCCUCUGACCUUAGCUUCAUCAUGGAGGAGCUGGACCGCUUUUAUAACCGUGCCAUCAGACUAGCCAGGAAUCUGGCAUCUUUGGAUGGCAAGGCUGCAAGUGAGGACUCGCAGAGUGCUCUGGAUUUGGCUGAAGGCUGCUUUAAAUACCCUCUGGUGGAGCAGUACCUGAAGACCAAACGCUUCUCUCGCAGCCUAGUGGUUAAGUACCUGGCUUGCCGGGGCCUGACUCUUCUCAUUCUCCUGUUGGCGUGCAUCUUCCUGGCCUACUACAUCCUGCUGGCUUCUCUCACUGAUGAGUUUCCUUGUGACCUGCGGACAGGAGUGCUGCAGAACGACAGCAUGGUGCCAUCUGCUGUGCAGUGCAAGCUAGUAGCGGUGGGUGUGUUUCGGCUGCUGAGCUACAUAAACCUGGCGGUGUACGUGCUUCUGGCUCCAUUGGUGGUGUACGCUGCCCUGGGACCUGCACGACAGAGCUCCAGCUUCCUUCAGCCUUAUGAGAUGCUGCCUGGAUUCGGGGCUUUAGGUGUGAUCACGCCGGUCUACAACGACCUCAGCAUUUAUCUGCUGUUCCUGCAGGAGAACCUGAGUGAGCUGAAGUCCUUCAAGUGUUUGAAAGUAUUGGAGUUGCUGCAGCAAGCUGGUGAUGAAGGCUUCGACGCCAUGUGCCUGCUGCAAACUCUGGGUCAGGUGAAGACCGACGUGUUAGACAAUAAGAAGACAAGUUUACGCAAAGAAACAGAUAAAGAUGUGGAAUAACUGAACUCAAGUAUGGACCAGCUUUAGGUUUCCUACUGAAGGCUUUGCGGUUUUCAAUAAUUGGUGCUUUAGUUAAAGAGACCUUCUGUUUUUACUCAGAUCAUGAAAUCUAAACUCUGAACAUUUGGAAAAAAAAUAAGCUGGUUAAUGCACUGCAAGAAACGAGAAAUUGUUUGAAAUUAAAAAAAAAAAAUGACAUCAUUCUUUUCUAACAGCUGAUGUGUGUAGACUAUUGUCGCUGAACUUUUAUCUCAUCUGUUGUUGAGUUAGGCUGAGCAUUUGAUGUACUCUUUUCUUGAUCAUUUACUUAAAACAAUAGAUCUUCCUCCUCUGCAUCAAAUGUGGUUCUCCCUCUUAUCAGGAGAAGUUGGUACAAAGCCAAUAGUAAUGAAAAGUCAUAGCCAGAAAGAUCUUUGUUCUUGGAGUCUACAUGAAGAAUACAGUUCUUUCUGCUUGUAUUGGAUGAGUCUGUACCUACUCUGUGAUGGAAAAGGAGGAGAACUUUUGCACGUAUUUGUAUCUGAUAUGCUGGAUGGAUGUGAUCAAUUCUGUCUUAAUUUGGGUACACUUUUUACAGUGUAGUUUGACCUUUUUAAAGUUUGCAUUUGAAAACUCAGCUGAUAUAUGUGGUCUAAAGAGACUGGCUGUAAAGUGCACACUUUGUAUCUUAACUCUUUUUUACUGGGUUUAAGUUCUUAUGUUUCUGUAUAUUUUUAUGGUUCGCACUACAAAAGCAUUUUGGACUUAUUUUUAGGUUUAGAUAUCCUUAAGAAGGAAAGCAUCUCAAAUCAAGUAGUUUCUAUCUAAAGUAAGCUUCGAACAAACAAGCACUUCAAACUAGUAGCAUUAAUGGUAAAAGUAGAUGUUAAAAAAACUUGUAUCUUAAUGUAUGAAUUUGUGUGUUUUAGUUGUGUUACUGUGGCUUUUUCUGAUUUUCUUUACAUACAUUUUGCCUGAACUUUACUUAAUUCCUGCUCUUUGAAACCAUGAAAAUGAGUUGCACGCAAACAACUUAAAUUAAAAUGCAAGGGUUAUGUAAGGAAA